GAUAGAUGAUAUACGGCUUCUGCAAAUCAAAGAUAAUCCAGUUGCCUUGUUUCAGCAGCUACAAUGAAUCAGAGUGACCAUUAUGGUAAUACAGAAGUCACCUGUAUUGUUCUCUACUCUUUCCUGGAAAAUUCCUCCGAUGUUGCUUUUGCUUCCAAACUUUCUAGUUUGAAAAAACAAUUGUUGGCACCAAAGCAGUCUUAUAAGGCCGAUGAGGAAAUUUUCCGGAAAAUAGGAGCACGAUUGGCUGUAAUGGGCGAUAAACUGGCUGCUGAGAUUGAGCCCUCAUUUGUGCAGAACCUGGCACAACAAUUCAGGGUGGAAAAUGUGCCCAGUCAGCGGAUCCAGCAUCUGUCUCUAGCAGUGCAGAACGUCAUGGCAAGGAUGCCUCGGGAAUUGGAAGUGGAAAAAGCCAUGUUAGUGGCUGCAAUGCUUUUGGCCAAGAAAGUAGCCAAUGUAGUCCCUGAGAUCCUGCAGCAGGUGUUCAACACAACAGUGAACUAUAUUGACCAGAACCUCCACGAUUAUGUGAACAAUUUGGGACCUGAGAACUGAACAAAAGGAAUGCAUAUAUCUACAUGGAAGAAUUCAUUUUGUGUGUUUUUUUUAAAUUUUUACAAUUUAAGAAAAAUUGUGUCAUUUUGAUAUUUUUAAGACAUUUUUGAACUUUUUAUCUAUGUACUUCAUUACUCUACUUAGUUGACUGAAGUAUGAAUUGGCAGUUCUCAUUUUCUACUUGACAUCUUAGGUCAUUUUUUAUGCGCCUUGUAGGAGAAAAGCAAAGUGGAUUAUUAUUCUCAGGAUUGUGGUGUUGAUGGCAUCUCUCCUUGAAAAAAGGAACAGAAGCUAAUGACCACCUUACAAUAUCAUUAGACAGUGUGUCCUUCCAUUUGCUAUCUGAGAAUAUACUUGAUUUAUAAUUGUGAAUUUUUUUAAGAAAAGGCCAUGCAUGUUAAUCUGCUUCAUUUAUCUGCCAAUUAAAAAUUGCCAUAAUAUAAAGUCAAUUAAAAUAAGAGUAUUGUUUUUCAUAUUUAAUAUGAAAAAUGCAUGAGCCAGAAACAAUUGUUCUCAACUGAGACUGAUUCUCUCUACUACAGAUUUUGUAGACGUAUUAGGAAAGGGAAUUGCCUAUUUGCAAAUUGACCCUGUUGGAUACCAGUACAGUAAAGAUCAAUUAUAAUAUUUAUGAUUGGGUUUGGCCAUUGCUGGAAUACAGAUUUUAAUGGGGAGGGGGGAAGUGAUAGCCAUUGUACAAUUUUUAAAGAUUUGAUGAAGGUCUCUGUUUUAAAGUUGGGAACUAAGUCAGAAGUCAAAUUGUUUACAAAAACAUUACAUUUUAUAAAUUGACUUGAAAGGUUUAUAUGCUUGUUUAUCUUUGAUACUGUAAUUUAGACUGUUAAGAUAUUUGAAAAGUAAUCUGAAAAAUUCUAGCUUGUAGGUACUGGCAAGAGGGAUGGAAUCUCAGUUUAUUGGUUGAGAUAUUGGAUCAUUUGAAUGGACUCAACUCUAAAUAUUUAAAUGGAUAUGGCUGUCUCUUUGUGUGCUUUGAUUUUUCAGUUGUACAGGCUUUCUGGCCUGAGUAUGGAUUAUAUCUGAGAAAAACCAACUUGUGGAAGGCUACUACAUUAUACAGCCAUUCUUUUUCUACAGCUAAUAAAAUUUUAAAGUAGUAUAUGUUUUGCUCCAGCUAUUAAAAGUCCACACACUUUUUCUUCAAAA